AUGCCUCGCCGAGCACCCUCUCCCGCGGGGUCCGAACAGGAGUUUGAUAUAGCAAAUACUCUUUUUGGAAAUGCCGAUACCUCCGAUGUCGAGACUGUUCCUACUAAGGGAAAGCCGUCCAAUCUGCUCAGCCUUGAUGUUAUGGCCGACGGGAUCAACGAUGGAAACAGUGAAGCAGAUGAAGACGCCGCGUUUAUUGCAGCACAUCAAGCUGUCGCUAACCGCAAGGCAACCAAUCUCAAGGGCAGAAGUGUAAGAAAGGGGGGGGGGUUUCAAGUUAUGGGCCUCAAUGCCAAUCUUUUGAAAGCUAUUACUCGCAAAGGGUUUUCGGUACCUACGCCUAUUCAGCGGAAGACUAUUCCGCUAUUACUUGAAGAUCAAGACGUAGUUGCUAUGGCACGGACAGGUUCUGGGAAAACAGCGGCUUUUGUAAUCCCAAUGAUCGAAAAAUUGAAAAGCCACCACUCGAAAGUUGGAUCUCGAGCCUUGAUACUGUCGCCUUCAAGGGAGCUGGCGCUACAGACAAUGAAAGUGAUUAAAGAGCUUGGCCGAGGAACGGAUUUGAAAUGCGUAUUGUUAGUUGGCGGAGAUAGUUUGGAAGAGCAAUUUGGAUACAUGGCCAGCAAUCCUGACAUUAUCGUUGCUACUCCCGGCCGGUUUUUACACCUCAAAGUUGAAAUGAAUUUGGAUCUGCAGAGUAUCAAAUACGUUGUGUUUGAUGAAGCUGAUAGGCUGUUUGAAAUGGGGUUCGCAGCUCAACUUACUGAAAUUCUCCACGGACUUCCGCAAGCGCGCCAAACAUUACUUUUCUCUGCUACACUCCCAAAAUCGCUAGUUGAGUUUGCGCGAGCAGGUUUACAAGAGCCUACACUUGUACGUCUUGAUACUGAGAGUAAAAUAUCACCGGAUCUCCAGAACGCUUUUUUUUCGGUGAAAUCAGCCGAGAAAGAGGGUGCACUACUCCAUAUCCUUCAUGAAGUGAUAAAAGUUCCUACUGGUGAAACAGAAGCGGGAAAACGCGCAAGAGAUCAGUCUGAUUCAGCAAAGGGCUCAAAGAAGAGGAAGCGACAGGAAGGUAUUUCGAACCCACAAGAGUCACCAACCGAGCAUUCUACUAUCAUUUUCGUCGCAACGAAACAUCAUGUCGAUUAUAUAUCCUCCCUUUUACGAGAAUCUGGUUUUGCCGUCUCCUACGCUUAUGGUUCCUUAGAUCAAACCGCUCGCAAGAUGCAAGUCAGCAAUUUUCGAGCUGGAAUUUCCACUAUUCUUGUUGUUACCGAUGUUGCUGCCCGGGGAAUCGAUAUUCCAGUCCUUGCAAACGUUAUCAACUAUGAUUUCCCUUCCCAAGCAAAGAUAUUUGUGCAUCGGGUGGGACGAACUGCUCGAGCAGGACAGAAGGGAUGGAGCUGCAGUUUAAUACGAGAUUCCGACGCCCCCUAUUUACUUGAUUUGCAGCUAUUCCUUGGUCGGCGGCUCGUUUUAGGGAGGCAAGGUGAAGAUAACCUGAAUUAUACUGAAGAUAUGGUCGUUGGUAGUAUACCUAGGGAUGGGCUAGCUCGUAAUUGCGAAUGGGUCUCUAAACUGUUAGAUGAAGAUAUUGAUAUCCAAGGCCAGCGUGACGUUGCUAUGAAAGGUGAAAAGCUCUAUAUGAGAACACGAAACUCUGCCUCCUCUGAAAGUGCAAAACGGUCUAAAACCGUUGUUUCAUCCGACGAAUGGACGAUGCUACACCCUCUAUUUAACGAUGCAGCGAGUCACAUGGAAGUACAAAGGGAGAAGAUGCUAGCUCGAAUAGGGGGGUAUAAGCCACAGGAGACGAUAUUUGAAAUCAGCGGCCGACGUGGUGGUAAAGCUGGUGACGAUGAAGCCAUAGAUACUAUGAGGAAGAUUCGUUCAUCAAUGGAGACCAAGCGAGCAAAGAAACAAAAAAUCAACCAGCCAGAUGCAGGCGCAGAUACCUCAUCUCAAUUUCCCCCUUCUCCUACAUUUGAAGAUGAAGACUGCGAUACAGCGGCUGAUAUGGCCAAGAAAGAUGACGCUGAAAUGUGCAUGGCAUCUGAUUCAGAGCUCGAGGUGACAUUCUCUUACUCGUCCGGAAAAUCCAAGCCCAAGAAAGAGGCUGACGGGAAGGGGCCCGGUACCUUCCAAAACCCGGAGUACUUCAUGUCCUACAAGCCCACCUCUCAUUCUCUUACUGAGGAACGUGCAUAUGGAGUACAUUCUGGUUCCAACAGCAAUUUUGUGGAAGCAUCAAGGGAUGCUACAAUGGAUCUAUCGCGGGAUGAGGCUAACCGUGGUUUCGCAGAACCCCGUUCCAUCAUGAGAUGGGAUAAACGGCACAAAAAAUACGUUUCACGGCGAAACGAUGAAGACGGAUCUAAGGGAUCCCUCCUUGUCAAGGGCGAGAGUGGCGCUAAGAUUGCAGCAAGCUUUCGUAGUGGCCGAUUUGAGGCUUGGAAGAAAUCGAAACGGCUAGGACGGAUGCCCCGUGUUGGCGAAACGGAGGAUCCAAGUCUCGCCUCCUCGGGACCAGCGGGAGGAAGGAGAUUCAGACACAAAAAGGAGCAGAGUGCGAAACCGGCUGACAAAUACAGAGGUGACUACGAAAAGAAGAGGAGGAAAGAGCAGGAUCUGCAACAGCGUCAAGCCGAAACAGGGAUGAUGCAGUUUGGUCCCAAAGGAGGCACAAAGAAAGUGAAGAGUGAAAUCAGAAGUGUGGAUGACGUGAGGAAGGCAAGGCACCAAAAAGAAAAGAGAAGAGAAAAAAACGUGCGGCCCUCGAGAAGGGGGAAAAGCAGGUGA